AUGCUUGAGCUAGAGUCCUUUAAAACGAGCAAAAUGAUGCUUGAGAUGGCCAAAAAGUUAAGGUUGGAGCGUGAACGAGAGGGGAAGAUCACUAGACAAAUUCAGGAGCAGAAAAAUCAGAUGGCGAAUCUGGACCAGCGUAUUUCACGAGAACAGGAGAAGACGAAAGAAAUGCGGCGUGCAGCUACCGGCUCCACUCCUGAAGGUAAUCAUCAACAGGCCAAGUGA